CCUCCCCGACGACCUUCUCCAGCGCGUCCUGCACUUCGUCCCGGCGAAGGAGGCCGCGUCCACCAGCCUCCUCUCGUCGCGGUGGCGCUCCACCGGCGCCGUCAACCUCGCCGUCCACGUUCGCCGCGACCAGGAGCGGGAAUUCUUCUCCGCCCGCGACGCGUUCGUCCGCUCCGCCCACGCCGCGCUCGCCGCCGCCGCCGGCCACGUCAGGCGGCUCACCAUGCACGUGGAGACGGAGCGCAUGCGCAUCUGCAUGCAGCUGACGGCCGACGCGUUCCUGCACCGCGACCCGGAGGACUGGGAGAGGAAGCACGACGUGGUCGCCGGCGUGGUGUCCCACCCGGCGGCGCGCCGCGUCGAGGAGCUCCGCGUCGCCGCCGCCGUCGUCGAAGCGUACUGGCCGUCGUUCGACGGGGAGGUCACGAGCAGCAGCGAAGGGGAGUUCCGCUUGUGCCUCGACGCGCAGCCGUCGGAGACGCUCCGCGUGCUUGAUCUCGCCGGGUGCGGCGGCCUCUCCGCCGCCGCCGCCGCCGCCGGCGUCGUGGCGCUCCCGCGGCUCACGACGCUGCGGCUGCGGCUAUGCAAUUUGCAGAUCAGUGACCUACAGGGGAUCAUCGACGCCGCGCCGGAGCUCGCCACCGUGCACCUCGAGUCGGUCUUCCUCGCGGGGACGGCAGAAGAAGGCUGCGUCCGCCUCCGCUUCCCGGCGGCCACCACCGCGCUCGCGAUGAUCAACUGCGGCGCGGACUGCUACGCGUGCGGCGGCUGCUACGGCGCCACCGAGAUCGACGCGCCGAGGCUUCGAUCGUUCAAGUACACGGGCUUCGCGCGGCGGUUCUCCCUCGUCUCGCCGGCGGCGGCGCCGCCGCCGGAUGACACGGUGGUGGCGCGCGCGGAGCUCCACUUCCUCGACCACUUCCACCACAAGGACGCCGACGCCGCCGACACGGUCCGCGCCAACUUCUGGCUUUUCCUCCACAACUUCCGCGGCGCCAAGUCCCUGAAGCUGAAGGUGAGCCACCUCAAGCACAUCGCCGUCGCGGGGCGCGCGGCGGCGCGCCGCGCGCUCCUCCUCCCGCUCCACGGCGUCGAGCGCCUCGACCUGACCGCGCGCCACGCCGACGCGGCGAGACACGACCCUCGCCCCUGGGAGGAGACCCACUGCAGGCUCCCGUCUCCUCGCCGCUCCCCCCAAAUCCCCCUCCUACCCUCGCCUCUCUCCCACAGCGCCGCCUGCUCGUCGAUCCGCUCCACCAGACGCCAUCGCGACGGCGAGGAGAAGCUCGGCAGCCUUGAAGAGGAGGGCGAGCCAGUUGUCGGCGAGGCGACCCGUGAGGCGGCGCUGGGCGGGGGUGCCGGGGGUGUCGGAGUUGAGGGUGGAGUUGUCAGCGAGGCGACCCAUUUUGAGAAGCCCAUCCAGGGAUACCCUCCAUUGCGAGACAAGUUCCCCCUACGAGUGUCCUCAGUUAGUGAGGACACUCUAGGAGUGGCUCACAUUGUGGAUGCCCUAAGCUGA